AUGAUGGCUCCUGGCAGCACUGACGCUGGUAGCUCUUGUGCUUGUAAAGGCAUCAGGCGGUGUCUCCUGUGUGAGAAGAUAAAAGAAAAUACACAUCUGGAAGCGAGUGAACCAAAGCUGGUGCAUCGUUUCCUCUACGAUCCCGAGACGAGGCUCGCCGUACGCAGAGAUGCAGAGCGGCCCGAGUCUUUCCCCUUUCCUGGUGUCUUCCUGUGGGAGGACUUCAUAUCAGAAGAGGAAGAGGAGGAGCUGAUACACAGCAUGGACCAAGAUGUGUGGAAUCACUCCCAGUCUGGUCGAAGGAAGCAGGACUUUGGCCCGAAAGUGAACUUCAAGAAAAAGAAAGUGCGCUUCGCCGGCUUCAGCGGACUUCCUGCUUCGAGCCGGAACCUCGUCGUCCGGAUGCAGCGCGAUCCGAGUCUCGUUGACUUCCGACCGGUGGAGCAGUGCAACCUGGACUAUCACCCGGAACGAGGCUCGGCCAUCGACCCCCACCUGGACGACUCGUGGCUGUGGGGGGAACGUCUGGUCACCGUCAACAUGUUAUCGGACACCGUUCUCACCAUGUCGCUCCGGCAACACGGUCUCCUAGGCGACGGACCGGAGGAGGAGGAGGAGGAAGUCCACGUAGCGGUGCGUCUUCCUCGCAGGUGUUUGGUGGUGUUGUUCGGCGAGGCGCGGCACCGGUGGAAACACGCGAUUCACAGGACGGACGUUCAGCAGCGCAGAGUCUGCAGCACCUACAGAGAACUUUCUGAAGAGUUUCUACCUGGAGGAGAGCAGGCGGAGACGGGAGCUCAGCUGCUGCACACGGCACUAAGCUUCACUGGAACACCUGUAUGAGUUACAGGAAAGACUCUGUCCAUCCUUUAUUCCUUUAUUCCUUCCUUCCUUUAUUCCUUUAUUCCUUCCUUCCUUUAUUUAUUCCUUCCCUCCUUUCUUUUGUCCCUCCUUCCUUCCUUCCAUUUGUCCCUCCUUCCUUCCUUCCUUUCUUUUGUCCCUCCUUCCUUCCUUCCUUCCUUCCAUUUGUCCCUCUUUCCUUCCUUUAUUCAUUCAUUCCCUCCUUUUUUCCUUCCUUCCAUUUGUCCCUCCUUCCUUCCUUUAUUCCUUCGUUCCUUCCUUCUUUCCAUUUGUCCCUCCUACCCUACUUUAUUCCUUCCUUCCUUCCUUAUUUCAUUCCUUCCUUCCUUCCCUUUGUCCUUCCUUCCUUCCUUCCUUUAUUCCUUCUUUCCAUUUGUCCCUCCUUCCUUCCUUCCUUUCCAUUUGUCCCUCCUUCCUUCCUUUUGUCCUUCCUUCCUUCCCUCCUUCCUUUCUUUUGUCCUUCCUUCCUUCCCUCCUUCCUUCCUUCCUUCCUUUCUUCCUUCCUUCCUUCCUUCCCUACCAGAAUUGAGACUACAUGGACUUGUCUUCAUCUGUGUCUCGCUGCAGUAAAGCUACUAAACUAACUCGAUGCCUUCUUCACCACAUGAGAGACUCUCUUCCUCUCGUCUUCGCCACUUCCUGCCCGCCCCGAAAUUACAUCUGACCAGCGGACUGCAAAUUACUGGAAGAAAAGAAGAAAGAGGAGUAAACUUUAAAAAAAAGGGACAACCCAUGUUACUCAUUUUAUAUAUUUAUAUUCUGUCAUAAAUUGUUAACAUAAACACAUUUCAACAAGUGCUUUAAAUAAAACAUCAAAUGCAUCGAGAAAGGACGUAAAAGCAACACAUGGCAGAAUUAAAAAAAAAGACAUUUAAAUAAGAUUGAAAGUGUUAAAUUGGACAUAAAAUAAAGUUUAAAUAGAAUAAGACGGGAGAAUAAAAAGUUACAAUGCAGUGUCAGAUAUUGACGCUUAAAUUUGGAUUUAAUAGAAAAGCAGCUGCAAACUGAAAAGUAAGAGUUGGAGCAGACCUGCAGUUUUUCCGUGUUUUUCAGUUCUCCGUGAUUGGUUUAGACUCUGAGAGAUCUGGAUGUUUUUUAUAUAUAUUUAAACCAUUCAGUGCUUUAUAAACCAGCUGCAGUAAUUUAAAGUCUAUUCUUUUACAGACAGAAAGCUAAAGUAAAGAUCUGAGGACAGGAGUGAUAUGAUUCACUUGCUUGGGUCUUAGUGAGGACUCGAGCCGCAGCAUUGUGAAUCAGCUUAGGGAAACCUGUAAAGAUAUCGUUACAGAGUCAAAUCUACUGAAGAUAAAUGCAUGGACAAAUCCUGCUGAGACAUAAGUGGUUUAAUUCUUGAUAUAUACUUUAAGAUGAUAGAAGACUGACUUUUGUAAUUGUCUUAAUAAAGAUGUUGAUUUUCAGGUGAUUUUCUGAUUUUGUCCCUCCUUCCUUCCUACCUUCCUUCCUUCCAUUUGUCCCUCCUUCCUUCCCCUUCCUUCCAUUUGUCCUUCCUUCCUUCCUUCCUUUUGUCCCUCCUUCCUUCCUUCCAUUUGUCCCUCCUUCCUUCCUUCCAUUUGUCCCU